AUCAUACAAACGUAUCAAACAUAUGUUUUCCUUUAGAGCUUCUGCUCUUUAUAAUUGUGACAAACAUUUGAUGGGAAAUUAUGAUUAAGUUACGCUGGCAAAUUCGAUGCAUCACGUUAUUUGUGAACACGCAUCUUUAAACGAAACUUAAUGUCAACAGGUUUAUGAUUCUAUAACCUCCGUUCGGUGCUACAUGUGACUGGUUAGCCUACCAAAUCUACAAGCUGUUGACCAAUCAUGUACAUAAACAAUACCUAAGAUCACCAUCACUCACCUUAAAACACUUUAGCUGAAUCGAUGGUAAUAAGAAAAUUGCACCUGUGUUAAUGUUUUAAACAUAUACAACGGAUACGCGUACCCAUAACACAAUGCACAAUUCUUUUAAUGCACCAAAAAUGCAUGUGUUGAUCGUGGCGUUAACAUGCGUCUACUUCGCCGUUCGGCCAGCGUCCCCUGCCGUCAGCCGGCCUUCCACCAUGGUGCUUCAGAACAACGAGUUCUCCAAUGUCGUGGUCGCCAUACACGAGAGUAUUCCCGAGAAUGCCGCGCUCAUCGACACACUCAAGAAUACGUUAGAAGAGGCCUCCAAAUACCUGUACAAGGCCACGCGACAAAGGGCAUAUUUUAAAGAAAUCAAGAUCCUGCUACCUUCGACAUGGACGCCGCACGCCGCAUACGACCAUGUGACGUCAGAGACCCUUAAUAUGGCUGACAUUGUCAUAACUGAUCCGAUCCGCGGGAAACGCAGUCUUCCCCAGACGCGCUCCUACGAAGGGUGUGGCAGACAGGGGGUGCACGUGCUCAUCACGAAGGACUUUUUAACAAAUCCGACUAUUGACCCGUAUACGAACAACUCAGCUAAGUACCUGGUCCACGCGUUCGCUCAGUUCCGGUGGGGCGUGUUCCAGGAGUACGCGGAGGAGGGCGAGGAGGUCUUCUACGUCUCUUUCAACAGCGGCAUCCCCGAGGCCAUCAAGUGCAUCUACUUCAUCCGGGGCCUUAUCGAGCGCAACGACACUUCGUCCACAACGCCGUGUUACAUUACCAACUCACUGGAUCCCUUGACGGGCCUGUACGACAAGCACUGUGUGUGGAACCCCUACCCCACCCGCCAAAGGGCAGAGGCCUCAAUCAUGGACCAUCAGUACAUCACUGCGUUGGAGACAUUUUGCGACGAUAAUCGAACCAAUUACAUGACCGUCCAUAAUUAUGAAGCCCCGAGUAAACACAACAGGUUGUGCGGCCACCGGAGCACCUGGGACAUUGUGACAAGCACGCCUGACUUCGCAGGCGGCAAUAACCCACCGCGUUUUCUAUUGGAUCAACAGCUGACCCCCACAUUCAAGAUCAUGAGGGCGUCUGCGCGCCGGAAGAGGGCGCUUGUAUUCGUCGAGUCGGAGUCACCAAAGGUCACAGAGGAAAGCUUGCUUGCCAUUGGUCGUUUAAAGCGCGAGACGUCGCGUAAUGACAUCCAAUUAGUCCAUGUGCAGGGAAAAGUGUUAAGUGAGACAGACUUUGUUACUGAUGAACACGUUAUUUUAGUGACACAAAAUAUGACCUCAGCGACACAUGCCCUGAAAAAACAAAACGUUCACGUGGUAAUACCACGAGGCUUCGAGGACAAACGAGUCAUUUCCGAAAUCCAUUCAAAAUUCCACCACCAAGGACGUGUGCAUGUCGAAGGUCAAGUUUACGUACAUCAGAUGCUUGACCACAUGAGAACGUCCAUCUUUAGCGACCUUCAUGAGCGUUAUACUAUAAUUACACAACGCGAAAUCAUACUUAAUGGUCUUGAACCGAUUGAAGGAGAAGUCGGUGUAGACGAGACGCUGGCCCGCCAUAUGACUUUCAUCUUCCUAUACGAAGAUGAAGUUCCGUCCAUCGAUCUUAGCUCUCCUUCAGGCGCCAUUUUCGACAUGAACACAGACACAUAUCACGUGGACAUAGAUUUCAAAAUGAUUCAGUUUCACUUUCAUUUUACAGAGGUCGGACUGUGGAAGUUUAAAAUUCACCAAACUGCAAAGGAUUCUCAGAAAGUAAGACUGACAGUAAUCUCUUCAUCUAGCCAUGAGCGCCACGAUUCAAUCAACGUUAAAACGUCCGUCAAGAUUACGUCACAAGGCCCUAACAUCGUUUCUAUGCAUGUUGACGUCACGCAGGGAGUACAUCCGGUUGUUGGUCUAAAUGUCAGUGCUUACGUUGAAACGCCCGGGCAUAAGACGUUGACUUUACAGCUAUUUGACAAUGGAGCAGGAGCUGAUAUCACCAAACACGAUGGAGUGUAUUCCCGAGAAUAUUCACGCUUUACUGACGUCGGUCUCCAUCAUGUUACAUUUGUCAUUCACGGGUAUGGAAUGCGUGACGUCCACACGAAAGAAGAAACGUUUUCCAUUGAUAUGACUAAACGUCGAUUAAAUAAACAUGUGACAAAGCGUUCCGUUAAUGGCGGAGUUGAGCGACACGUGUACGGGGGCGUGGUUUACCUUCCGGACAAAGCGAUAAAAGAUGAACAGAAUUUGCUCACAAUGUCAGUGCCACCCAGUAGAGUACAUGACCUUCGGGCAACACUCUCCCUGAAGUACCGACGUACUGUGGUGCUGACAUGGGCAUCGGCUGCUGACGACGUAAACCACGGGCAUGAUAUAUCUUAUACUAUUUACGUUGGCUAUGACAUCAACGACGUUCGAGCGUUUCUUGACUUCACGGACACGGGUCUCUAUAAUGGAACAGGAAACGUUGAGAUGGAACGCUUCGACAGAAGCACUUCCGGUUAUGGACAGGAAGUGAAGCUUUGGAUGCCAAAGCGCGUGUCAAAAACAUUAGCAUUUGCUAUAAAAGCAGUUGAUUCGAGUGGCAAAGUAGGUCCAAGUUCCAAUGUAGCAUCAGCCUUAAACCCUCGGCAAUUGAUGUCUCGAGAAAACAAACAGUAAAAAACUUGAAACAAUUCUAUGAUACACGAUUGUAUAUUUAACAAAUGUCAUGUUAUUGAUAUCAACUCUGAAAAUCAAAUUCGUAUAUUUAGAAGUGCCACGUGUGAUGACCAAAUCUACAGCAAGUACCUAAAUGCAGCAAGAUAAAACCAGUGUAAUAAACGGUAACAUUUACAUGCAGAUUAUCAUGUACAAUAAAAUCAGAAAUAGUAUUGCAGAUGAUGGAAAAUGCCUCAAUCACGGUUUAGAAUUCUUACCAAAAUUACGUCAAGGAAUGUAGAGUUACCUGUACGCAAAAUGAGCACCAAAUGACACAUUAUCGGGAUUUCAUCGUGUGUAUGAACAUUUUAUUACUAUAGCGGAUAGUCUGUUCACAAAAUGGUGAAAGCGUCAUAUUUGGUACAGUUACAUAUUAAUGCAAAACUAAAUUAAUCAACAUGAGAUCCAACCCCAAAGGCAAAGAUUACUUCCAAAUUCAAGAUGAUCGCCACCAAUUAUUUGUUUCCCCGAAAAGAAAAUAUUAACAACUAAAGUUAUAAAGAACACACCUGCAUAUGAUGUUGAAGCUAUGUUACAACCGGUUUGUAAUAAAAACCCGAAUUGUAAUAAUUAUUACAAAGUGGGUUGCAAUGCAUUAUUACAUUUCGGGUCGACAGUAACAACCCGUUUUGUAAUUAAAAACCGAAAUGUAAUAAAUUUUAUCAUGUCCAUUAAAUCAGAGAGACAGAC